GGCCGAGCCGCGCGCCCUCCGGUCAAGCAGCACUGAAGGCUUGAAGGAUGGGUAAAGACUUCCGCUACUAUUUCCAGCAUCCUUGGUCUCGCAUGAUCGUGGCUUACCUGGUCAUCUUCUUUAACUUCUUGAUAUUCGCAGAGGACCCAGUCUCUCACAGCCAAACAGAAGCCAAUGUUAUUGUUGUUGGAAACUGUUUUUCAUUUGUAACAAAUAAAUACCCUAGAGGAGUUGGCUGGAGGAUUUUGAAGGUGCUUCUAUGGCUACUGGCCAUUCUCAUAGGACUGAUUGCUGGCAAGUUCCUGUUCCAUCAGCGUUUAUUUGGCCAGUUGCUCCGGUUAAAAAUGUUCCGAGAAGACCACGGGUCGUGGAUGACGAUGUUCUUCAGCACGAUUCUGUUUCUCUUCAUCUUCUCUCACAUAUAUAAUACCGUCCUUCUGAUGGAUGGGAACAUGGGAGCAUAUCUCAUCACGGACUAUAUGGGCAUCCGCAAUGAAAGUUUCAUGAAACUAGCUGCUGUGGGGACCUGGAUGGGGGACUUCGUCACAGCCUGGAUGGUCACCGAUAUGAUGCUUCAGGACAAGCCUUACCCUGACUGGGGGAAAUCUGCAAGAGCUUUCUGGAAGAAAGGCAACGUGAGGAUCAUUUUAUUCUGGACUGUUCUCUUCACCCUGACUUCUGUGGUGGUACUUGUCAUCACAACCGACUGGAUCAGCUGGGACAAACUGAACCGUGGAUUUCUGCCCAGUGAUGAGGUUUCCAGAGCCUUCCUUGCGUCUUUCAUCUUGGUCUUUGACCUCCUUAUCGUGAUGCAGGAUUGGGAGUUCCCACACUUCAUGGGCGAUGUUGAUGUGAAUCUCCCCGGGUUGCACACUCCUCACAUGCAGUUCAAGAUUCCCUUCUUCCAGAAGAUCUUCAAGGAGGAAUACCGCAUUCACAUAACAGGCAAAUGGUUUAACUACGGAAUUAUCUUUCUCGUCUUGAUUCUGGACCUGAAUAUGUGGAAGAACCAGAUAUUCUACAAACCUCAUGAAUAUGGACAGUAUAUUGGCCCAGGGCAGAAGAUAUAUACAGUGAAAGACUCUGAAAGUUUAAAGGAUUUAAACAGAACGAAGCUAUCAUGGGAAUGGCGGUCCAAUCACACUAAUCCUCAGACUAAUAAAACCUACGUUGAGGGCGACAUGUUCUUACACAGCAGGUUCAUAGGGGCUAGCCUAGAUGUGAAGUGUCUGGCUUUUGUUCCAAGUUUGAUAGCUUUUGUGUGGUUUGGAUUCUUCAUUUGGUUCUUUGGACGGUUUCUGAAAAAUGAGCAAGGGAUGGAGAAUCAAGACAAAACUUACACUCGCAUGAAAAGGAAAUCCCCAUCAGAACACAGCAAAGACAUGGGAAUCACGAGAGAAAACACCCAGGUUUCUGUGGAAGAUCCUCUGAAUGACCCCCCCUUGGUUUCCAUCAGGUCCGACUUUAACGAGAUAGUCUACAAGUCCUCCCAUCUGACAUCAGAAAACUUGAGCUUGCAUCUGAAGGAAUCUACCAGUGAGGUGGAGGCUGAUCAAGACCCAGCAGCCUCUCAAAGUAUGCGGACGAACUAGAAUCUCUUAGGUGGAGAUAGCAGAAAGAGCAACCUUGAGUGUAACUUUAAAAUCGUCGUAGUCUUUCAUUUUGUAAAUGUCAGGUUUACAUAGCGUUAGGUAAGGAAAUACAAACGAUGCCACAACGGUGCUCAACAUUGCUUUUUCUAGACUCUUUGUUUUCUAUUUGUAUUAUGAAACAUGUGCCUCUUGUAUGUUUAAUGGUCCUCUAGAGAUUGCUUCUCACAACUGCACAAGCUAUUUACUGACUUUACAGCAAGGUAGAGUAGCCGAUUACCCAUGUAUCUGAUGUUCAACCAUAGUGGUGCCUUGAGACAUUAACUGUUUUUAACUGUACCAGACAUGAAGUGUAGAACGGUUCUCCAGUCUAUUU